UCUAUGACAUAAACUAACUAAAGCAGAUUAACCUCUAAUAAAAUCACUUUAUUAAAGUAAAGUUUUGCCCUCAAAUUAAUUAAUUCACUAAUUAAGGCACUUGAUUGUGCCCUUAGAACACUGGUAUUAUAUUGCAAUAUUUAGCAUGGAUUUGUUUUACGUUGAAAGAUAUGAGGAGGAACAGGAAAAACCACAAGAUGAAGAAAACCUCAAUAAACUGUUUGAAAAAAUAGCCUUAAAAAAAAGAAAUAGAAAGAAAGAGAAAAAUAAGAAUCUAGCUGAAAAAAUUGCAAAUACUACAAUAAGAAGACAGAUUAAACGGAAAACAAAAUCUCAAAUUGUGGAUGUACCCGAUAUUGACAUGGCAGAAUUUAUUGAUGUUGGUGUAAGUGAAGCUGUAAUGAAUGCUGAAAAAGCAGAAGUGCUAAAAACUGAUAAAAUACAAAAAGAUCUUCCAUCCAGUUUUGAAGGUUUUACAGUACUUGGUGCUGAGAAUUCUUUGAAGAAGGAGAAGGUAACAAGGGUACUUCCCCCUUGGCUUGCUAAACCCACUGUCAUCUCCACUGAUUUGAAAGAGCUACAAACCAAAGUAUCUUCAAUGAAAGAACUAGAUGGAGAUUUAAGGAAGAAACUUAAAGAUAAUGGUGUUCGAUAUUUAUUUCCUGUUCAAGCAGAGAUAAUUCCUUGGUUAUUACGAUCAGUUAGUCAUUCAUCAAUUAUACAGCCAAGAGAUAUUUGUGUUUCUGCACCAACAGGAAGUGGAAAAACCUUAGCAUUUGUCUUACCUGUUAUUCAAGCUCUGAAGAGUUACUUUAAUAAAAAGAUACGUGCCUUAGUUGUAUUGCCCACUCAAGAUCUGGCAUUACAAGUUUUUAAAACAUUCAAAUUAUACUGCAAAGAUACGAAGGUAGAUGUAUGUUUCAUUACUAGGGGAAAUGACUUUGCUUCAGAACAGAAAAUUUUGAUAAAUGAGGUUUUUCCCUGUCGAAGUAAAGCAGAUAUAGUGGUUUGUACUGCUGGAAGAUUGGUAGAUCAUCUCAAACAUACAAAAAAUUUGGACUUACAGGACCUGGAAUUUCUCAUCAUUGACGAAGCUGAUAGAGUAUUGGAUAAUAUUCAAAAUGAUUGGCUUUAUCAUCUUGAAAAUCAUCUACAACAAGGGCGUAUUGAGGUUCCAAAAGAUGAUAUCCUAUUAAAGGCAUUAAAAAAGUUUCCACCACAGAAACUUCUCUUUUCUGCCACAUUAUCUCAGGACCCAGAAAAACUUCAGAAAAUUGCUCUUUUCAAACCGAAACUAUUCACAUCUGUUGUUGAAGGGAAAAAAGAUAAUAUUGAGUCAGAACAGAAAGCAACUGAUAGUUUCAUUGGAAAAUAUACUACUCCAAAUGAAUUGACAGAAAAGUAUAUUGUUUGCCCCACAGAUAUCAAGCCGUUGAUCUUAUACAAAUUUAUUAAAAUCCACAAUCUAACCAGAACAAUAGUUUUCACAAAUUCAAUUACUGAAGCACACAGAUUGUGCAUUUUAUUGAGAGAACUAUUCAGAGAUGAACUGAAAGUGGUAGAAAUGAAUUCACAUUUACUAAUGAAAAACCGCAAAGAAUUUAUAUCAGAAUUUUCCAAAGGAAAUAUUGAUAUAAUUAUAUGCACAGAUACGUUGGCUAGAGGAAUUGACUUGCCGGAAGUCCAGUGUGUGAUAUCCUACUCUGCACCUAAGCACUUGAAAACAUACAUUCACAGAGCUGGAAGAACAGCCAGGGCAGGUACUUUAGGUACAGCCGUGACGCUUUUAAAUACUACACAAGUUGGACAUUUCAAGUCUCUACUUGAACAUGCAGAAAAGAACAAUGUUCUUGAGGUUAAUAUUCCCACUGAUGACAUGGAAUCUUUGGAGGAAACUUACAAAAAAGCAUUAGAACAAAUGAAGAGAAUUCUCAGCAAAGAAGAAGAGGAUCAUUUGAGCAAAAUAAAAAGUACCAAACAUAAACCAGGAAAGAAAAGAAAAAGGAUUAAUUCUGUUAAUUCAAAUUGAAUAGUGAAUGUUUUGACUUUGUACAUAUAUUUUUGAGUUGAAAAAUGUUUAUUUUUAA